AUGGCUCCAAAACAAAUUUUCUUUCGAAAGCUGGAUGCGACGGAAAAUGGAUCUUCCAGCUUUUUGAGUGCUCUGCAACUCAUUGCCCACAUUGUCACUCCCAUUCGAAAAGGCAUGAUUCAUUUUUUUCUACAGAAUCGCAAUACUUCCAUGGAUCAGAUUGAAUGGAUAUUUCUAAGAGAAUUAGGUUGGUUGUUUCAAGCAAUGAUCGCGGCGCCACCUGAUUCCGGCAAGAAGGAGGCUAAUGAUGAUGAGGACGAGGAAGACAAUUCACCACCUGUCGAUCCCACUGCGUUUUUUGACGCUCUAAAGCCCUGUUUGACCAAAUAUAAGAAGAAAACUACACCAAAAGAUGCGUCACAAGCAGUACAAAUAUUACUAGAAACAAUACAAGCUUGCACGAGCACACUUCCAGUAACUGGUGAAUUAUGGAAUUCCAUGUUGGAUGAGGCAUCACUCCGUUUCGUGGCAAGACAAACAAUCGUCGGCAAAACAGAACUGGAAGAUGGCGAAGUCUUACAACGGACGAAAAAGGAAUCAUUGAUUCUGGCGUGUCCCUAUGUCAUUCCAAAGUCUGCUGGAGCAAAAGUUGAAGAGUCUACCAGUGUCGACAAACUUUUGAAAGAAUGGUGUGCCAAACAACCCCACGAAUACGACUUUGAUGACAAAUCGUUUGAUUUUGAAGUGACCAUUCCCGUCUUUUCGAAAGGAGAUGCCUCUAGUGAUGGUUGGUCCGUUAACAGGACCCUACACUUUGACGCAUUGAAUGGAUUCUUGUUUGUGGGACUUUCACGCUUGAACGAUCAAGGGGAACCUUCCGAAACCGAAAUUGAGUUUCCCAAAAAGCUGGACUUGUCCAAAUUGUGCACAUCGGACGUGACCGGCAGCAAAGAAUUCGAGCUGUAUGGUGGAGUCUUGUACGAUGACGGAGAUUAUGUGGCUGCAUUAAAGAAUUCAGCGAUCAAAGAUCCCGAAGAAGAAGGCGCCUGGCAAUUGAUGGAGUCGGAUGAAAUCAUUCCCAUGGAAGAGGGCGAUAUUUUGGAAUUUCUAAAAGGAGAAGGUGGGGAAGGCCCCUGUGGGACACUUGCUGUAUAUCGGUCGUGCAACAAGUCGAUACACAAGCAAAUGGAUAAUAUCUUGUCAGAUAUUAUCAUUUCACAUGUCAGCGGAGUAUUGAAUACCAAAUCCGAACAAUAUUACUACGAAGAAGUAGUGGAAGACUAG